GGGUACGCUUGUAAUUUAUCGAUCUCUAAGUUCGGUACGGCCAAUAGGUAAAAUUUAAUCAAUAUCAAUACUGUAUUUUGAAAUACCCGUUCUAUCUCGGUACAUAAAAACCUUUAAAACUGGAUUAUUAGUAAAUAUUCCUUAUCGUCAUUUAAAUAUUGGUGGCUUACUGCAACGGAAAAAAAGAAUGUUUUCUCCAGAGAAGUCUGUGCGCGAAUCGAGUAUUGAGAAAUUGAAGUUCAUUUCUGGAGCACAAGUUUUUCUAGGUGUUGGUAUAUUUGUUUGCGCCGUAAUAGCAGUGACGAAACAAGAAGAUUUUUUUAAUAACUACUUUAUUGGUGGAUUUACAUGCGGAAUUACGGGUGCACUAGCAGGCUGUUGUGGCAUAUUCUCCAUUUACAAAGCAUCUGCUUACAACGGUGACGAUGUCGUGCAUCUUCGGAAAGAAUUACAAUGUACCGCAUGUUUACAAAUGAUCUUUGGCUACAUUUUGUUUUUCAUGUCCAUCUCUGGAAUCUUGAUGAAUAUAUUAUUUCUGGUAAACGAUGAUGAUGAAGACAAUGACGGGCAUAAAACGCACGUCAUAUUAUCAGCAUGUAUUUUAUCAGGAAUUGUUCUUCUGCUACUAGUUACACUCCUGUCAUUUAUGACCAUGGGCACAUGCUGUCACAACCAAGGCUACAAUCAGAGAGUUAAUCAUGCUAAUUACCCAAACACGGUCGGAGGAACCCAGUAUUAUCAGGGCCAGUCUCCGUACGCUCAACAACAAGUUUACACCUCUGGAGGUUAUAACCCAGGUUCAAAUCCCCCACCGUAUGCUCCGGCUCCACCAUCUUUCGGCAUUGGACAGAAUCCCACACAAUAUGGUGUCCAACAAACUUCUGUUCCGACAGCGCCACCACCGCCAUAUUCAUACUAGCCAUAACUUAAA